GCGCACGCCGCGAAAGCGCCGGUCGGCGGGUGGGAGGAAAGGCCGGAAAAGGGCUCCGCUUCCUUUGUAUUUAUAUCGGGGUGUUUGCGCAGGCGUGGUUGUGUCACUCUUGCGGACCAAGAAGCGGAGACCGGUCGUUGACUCGCAGCCGCUUCUUCUGCCGCCUCUCUUCUCAUCCUCCUCCCGUCUUUCCAGGGCCGCUCCCAGGCGUCGGAGGCCCCCAUGGCGAUGAACUACAACGCCAAAGCGGACGGGCAGCCGGGAGCCAGCGGCCUCGGAGCCGCCGCCGGGGCGUCCGGCGGAGCCGUCCCCAAGAGCCGCAAGCCGGACAACACGGCCUUCAAGCAGCAGCGCCUGCCGGCCUGGCAGCCCAUCCUCACCGCCGGCACCGUCCUGCCGGCUUUCUUCGUCAUAGGCCUCAUCUUCAUCCCCAUCGGCAUCGGCAUCUUCGUCACCUCCAACAACAUCCGCGAGUUCGAGAUUGACUACACGGGAAUAGAUCCAAGUAGUCCCUGCAAUAAAUGUUUAAAUGUAUCGUGGAAUGCCCCAUCCUGCUCCUGCGUCAUUAACUUCACAUUGGAUCAGUCAUUUGAGGGCAAUGUGUUUAUGUACUAUGGAUUAUCCAACUUUUACCAAAACCACCGUCGCUAUGUAAAGUCUCGAGAUGAUAGUCAGCUAAAUGGAAAUAACAAUUCUUUACAUAAACCUAGUAAGGAGUGUGAACCUUACCAUACGAGUGAGAAUAAACCUAUUGCUCCUUGUGGAGCUAUUGCCAACAGCAUGUUCAAUGAUACAUUAAAGCUUGUUCAUUAUGAUCACAAUACCUCUAAGCCCAUGAUUUCUCUGCUGAGAAAAGGCAUUGCUUGGUGGACAGACAAAAACGUUAAGUUCAGGAAUCCUACUGGUGAAACAAAUAACUUGACAAUACUUUUUCAAGGAGAAUCAAAACCUGUCAACUGGCGUCGCCCAGUGUAUUUGUUAGAUGAUGAUCAGGACAACAAUGGAUUCAUCAAUGAAGACUUUAUUGUAUGGAUGCGUACUGCAGCACUACCUACAUUCCGUAAGCUGUAUCGUCUUAUAGAGAAGAAAGAUAACUUACAACCUACUCUGCCAGCUGGGAGAUAUUCUUUGGAAAUAGAAUAUAAUUAUCCUGUGCAUAGCUUUGAUGGGCGGAAACGGAUGAUCCUGAGCACCAUUUCUUGGAUGGGAGGCAAAAAUCCUUUCCUGGGAAUAGCGUAUAUAACAGUGGGCUCCAUUUGUUUCUUUCUUGGAGUAGUGCUGCUUGUCAUUCACCACAAAUACGGAAACCGGAACAAUAGUGCAGACAUUCCCAAUUAAUCUAAGUGCUCCAAAUCACAUGUACUGCAUGUGCAUCAAGAAAAGUCCAGAGUGGACACAGCUUUUGAAAGCUAGAUCCCUGGUAGUUGCUUCUGAGACAGAAUACAUAACCAUAUUUGAAGCCUUCGUUUCCCUUACGGUGAAUUAACCUGAAGAUAAGAGCUGUAAAACAGUGUUGACGAGGGGCUUUUUGAAAUUUGCUUCUUGCUGGACAGGUGCCAUGAUGUGCAUAUAGUCUUUCCUCACCUAAUGCAUCUGCUGCUGAUUUGUAUGCUUUACAUGUCAAUACUAUAUAGCAAGAAUGUGUUUAGAAUAGCUUCUUAGCAUUUUAAGGACCAACAGUGUGCUGGUUUUUUGGAAGGAACAAAAGCCUGUUUACGUUUUGUCAACCAAAAUAUUUCACACAUGAGCUUUGUAACUCAUGUACAACUCAAUAUGAAUUAAGCCCAACUUCCUGCUUAAUGUUCACAAUUCCAGUAAGGUGUUUUGACAUGUGGCUUGGUUCAACUAAAAGCUUACUUUUUGCCCAGUGACAUGAAAGCUGCUUUCAACACAGAAGUAACUGUGGCAUAGAAAACUCUUCCAUUAAGUUCUGCUCAAAUAUCAAUCUUAUGUUCAGCACUCUAUGUGGCUUAAAUCACUGAGCUUAUUCCAAUAGAAGUAAAGAGAUUUAUUUACUGUGGCAGUAAAUAAAAAUCAUUUCUUUUGGUUGCAAAAAGCAAGGCUUUAAGCAUUUAUUAUAAGCUUGAAGCAGUCUGCUUGUUUCAGAAGAUGUUACAGUUCCUUCACUCAAAGCUCUUUUGUUCCUCAAAUAUUCCAUUAAAAUAAGCUAAAAGUUGCUGUGGGAACUUUUGCAUCUUGCACUCUUUAAGUCCAAUCUGUCCACACUGUAAGAAACAGACCAGGGACUUUAAAACUAUGUAUAUAAUAAUAUAUGUAUCUAUAUGUAUGCAUAUAUACCUAUACAUACAUAUAUAUGCAUAUUAAUACUAAUAUAUAUAAUAAAUUGCUGUGUACAUAGAUGUUGUUUUACAUGAAAUUUGCUUGUCAAUCUGAAUGUUUGCUAUUUAAUAAAUGAUCAUAUGUUUUA